AAGCCAUUACGAUCGAUCGACGGUCAGCAGUAGUUUGGCAGCCACCGUGGCUGAAACAACAGUGCUUGCGAUCGUUCUCUUGGUGCGUGAAGAAGGGUUUUGCUGAGUGUGCAAAGUGCUGAAAGCUGCAACGAGUUGGGAAGGAAUUCCAACAGAAAUUGAGUGAAUUCUUCUAUCAACAGUCAGAUUUGAGGUGCUUCAAUCAACCAAUCAGGGUGGUUGUGCUUUUUGCAACUGUGGUUAUGAGUUUAAGUGUCCUCGGUCUACGCUUCUAAUACAACCACACAGCGAGAAUCGACAGGAAAUCGCACCCAAUCAAACAUGGCGGAACACGAUCAAACUGUUCUAGAUGAGGAGCUCACGAUCACUUCGCCCCGCAUACAGAAGCUGACGAUGGGCGCUAGCCAAAGGACGAACUUGGUGUGUCUGAUGCUGAUCGCCGUCGGUGGUGUGAUCAUCAUGGCGGCUAUUGCGUUCGGGUUCUACAUGACCGUCCCGUCGUCAGUCCUCUCCGAACAAACAUCAAACACGAUCGUGCUGGAACCCGCUACAGUGGAGGUCCCCGACGAGUUGGAAGAUAUCCGCAAGAUGUACUUCAAAACGGAAGCGCAAGACAUCAUGAUGGGAUCGCUCGAGCUGCUCGAGCUGAUGCAGGAGUUCGAACCACUGCUCGAACGUCAACGCCGUCGGAGGGAUGUUGGCGAGGCUGCACCGAAUCGGAUCUCGCGCGGUGAUGAUCGCUCGGAGGAGAUCACGUACGGUGUAAGGAAGCGCGUCCAGCGGAAGUUCGAUCUGGGGAUGGUUCCGAUCGUGUACAAAGGAGUCGUGGUAGGGCCGGAACCAGCGAGAGGCUCUCGCUCGAAGCGUCACGCCGUUUCGCUGGAUGAGUUGCAACGGGCGAAGCGAAUGGCACAGAAGGACUACCAGCGUCUGGAGACGGAAUACAACCGAUGCCGUAAGGAAGCGCCGAACGGGAAGCUGUGCGAUCAGAUCUACGAAAAGCUGCAACGGUUGUCCGAGGAGAUGAAUGCUCGGUUCAUGGAGAUGGCCAAUCUGCUGCAGGGGUUCCACGAGAUGGGGUUAACCACGGAGGAGACUACUUCGUAUCCGGAGGAGUUUUUCAGCAGCACUGAGGUCGGCUCGAAGAGUGUCACUUCUACUAGCUCUCGGCCGGAGCAGCACGUCCCGAAGCAUGAUCCAAGGAUAACAACCGUGGAGCAGUUGGUGAAUGACAUGAACAUUACGCAGACCGUUGAGGGUGCGUGGAUGAGCACAACUACGGAGGCGAUGGGCGCUAGUACCUCGACACGAUUGCCGUUCGAUCCGAGCCUUCACAACCCGGUGGAGGACAGCUCAAUACGGAGUCUGGACGAUCUGUUCGAUCAUAUGCGACUGAGCGAAGCGUUCCAAAGCUCAACUCCCAGCGACAAAUGGACGACCACCGAGCGGAGUCGGGAUCUGUUUGAGGUUGAGGAUGGCUAUUCUAGUUCGAGUCCUCCGACCACGGUGAAGAGUUCGUCCAAGCUGACGACUACCCACCGUUGGACUACUACCAAGAGUCCUUACCAAUCCGCCCGGAACCUGCACGACGUGGUCGAUCAGCUGCAACUCGCCCAGAUGCUUCAACCUCACCCUUUCCACGAGGAUCUCCUGCUGAAUCCUCCGGACAACAUCAACGAGUUCGUAAUGUCACGAUCGCGCAACCGCGAUCACAUGCAUCACGAUCCCGGCCAUUCCGAAGUCAACCACGAUCCCUCCAUUGAUCCGCUACGAUCCGUUCACCAUCAACAUCAGCAACAACCGCAGCAACCCCUGGUCGUGGGACCAAGUGCUCCAUUCCUGAGCCUUUGUGAUCAGCUCCGUUCGGCAGCCGGUAAUGGAGGACACAUGAAACCCGCCCACCAGGGCAACUUCCAACAUUCGCCCGGCAUUCCAAUAACCGGUGAAGCGACCAAAGCAUCCUCCCAGAUCAUCGUCAACUCGGCCUACGGAGCCGGCUAUGUCCCUAACACGGUUUGCUUCUACCAGAACGCUCCGCCGGCAGGAGCACAGACGGCGUACGCUUUCCGACCGGCCACUGCGGCUGGACCGUACGUGUACCCUAAUGGAGGAUAUCCACCGUACCAGCAGCAGCCACCACCACCGCAACAUCAUCAUCAUCAUCCGGGCGCCGGAGGUAAGCUUCCGUUGAAUGAUCCCGCGAUCGAUGCACUCAUUCAGCCACGCAUUCCCGAAGCGAUGAUCAAUAUGCCAGUUAGCAUCCAGAAUCUUCAUCAUGGUGGUGCUCGCGUUCCGGAUGCUCCCGUCGACCCGAACGGACCUUACCUACUCUGCUCCAUGAUGCAGAAUGACGAAGCACCAAGUCACGCUGAUGGGCACGCAACACAACCACCACCACCACCACCACCAGGCCGUCACCAUCACAUGGGCAACGAAUCUCACCCGCAGUCGGAUGAUCCCGAGGACUUGGCGUCCAUCUUUGCUGCCGGCCGGUCUCUAGCUGCGAGGGCCAAGGGUCGCCAUCACUGUCGCCGUGGUUGGGUGCCGUGCUUUAGCUCGCACCAGUGUGUAAAGCGAAGUGCCUGGUGUGACUCCAAGACGGACUGUAUGGAUGGAAGUGACGAGAGUGCGUGCUCGUGCGUGUCCCGACUGCCGAAGCGUAAGAUGUGCGAUGGCUACGCCGACUGUCCGCUCGGUAUGGACGAGAUGGGAUGCUUCGGGUGUGAGAAGUUCUCGUUCUCGUGCUUCCACACGCAGGACGAGUACAGGGCGGCACAUCGGUCCGGGUCGAUGUGCUACACGCUGCUCGAGAAGUGCGAUGGGUUCGACAAUUGUCUCAACCGGAAGGAUGAACAGGACUGCACGAUGUUGGUGCGGGAUCUGGGCCAUUACCUGGCCUACUCGGUACCCCACUCGUCCGGUGUGCUGCAUCGGAACUACCGGGGCAAAUGGUACCCGGUGUGCAACAAUCCAUCGCAGUGGGCACGGGAAGCGUGUGAUGCCGAGGUUGGACCGCAAGAUCGUGAGCCACUGCUGAGCCAUGGCCACGGGAGUCUCCCGGGACCGUACAUUAGCCAGCGGGCAAACAGUGCAGUAUCGCAGCCAGAGUUUAGCGAAGGAUGCAAUGGGGUGUACGUGCAGGUCAAGUGUCCGCCGGUGCGCUGUGGUACGAGCAAGCUGCAGGAACAACACUUCUCACGCAUCAGCGUCCGAUCGAGACGGAACACGAACGAAAGCGAGCUGGUUGAGAGUGUCCGUAUCGUCGGUGGAAGUCAUGCCGAGCCGGAGGCGUACCCGUUCAUUGUGGGCAUCUUCCGCGAUGGCAAGUACCACUGUGGUGGCAGCAUCUACAACGAGCAUUGGAUCAUUUCAGCCGCUCACUGCUGUGACAACUUCGACCAGCACUACUUCGAGGUCCGUUCGGGAAUGUUGCGAAAGCGUAGCUUCGCUCCCCAGGUUCAGAUAACGCGCGUGACCAGCAUGAUCAUUCACCACGCGUACAGCUCGACGCUGAUGGCCAACGAUAUUGCGCUGAUGCGGGUCGAGACUCCGUUCCACUACAACCGUUGGGUGCGUCCGAUCUGUCUGCCGGAUAGGCAUCGCACCACGAACGAUCGCGAAUGGAUGUGGGGACCGAAACCGGGCACGGUCUGUACGGCUAUCGGGUGGGGUGCUCUACGGGAGCGAGGUGGUGCACCUGAUCAUCUGAUGCAGGUGUCGGUGCCGAUCUUAGGCUACUGCAAGCACAAAUCCGACCGUGACAGUCUGCAGAUUUGUGCCGGCGAAGAGGACGGAGGCCAUGACGCGUGUCAGGGUGAUUCGGGUGGACCGUUCGUUUGCCAAAGUCACUCGAAUCCGGCCGAGUGGUAUCUGGCUGGUGUUGUGAGUCACGGAGAGGGUUGCGCUAGAGCUCACGAGCCGGGUGUGUACACACGUGUCGCUCUGUUUAUCGAUUGGAUCGCGGAGAAGGUAAAGUCACCACCGACAGGCCGAACCGCUCGUGCCGACUGUCCGGGAAUGCGAUGUAUCUGGGGUGGAGGCAUCUGUCUGCCACCGGGCAAGAAGUGUAACGGGUUCGUGAACUGUCUUGGUGGAGAAGACGAGUCGGGUUGUGCGAUGGAUCAGAUGCUACGCUCGAUGGCCCACCGAGAAGGAGACGAGGACAGUGACGAGGAACGACAGGAGCAGGAGAUAGUCAUGCAGAGAGCCUCCAAUGUCCACGCAGGUCGCCAGAUGGAUGAACCAAGCUCUAGUACGGAGUCUAUCACACCCGGGAUGUUUACCUCGGAGGAAUCCACCACGCUCACCGCUCACGAGGCAAGCGUAGAAGCUCAGGAGAGCAUGAUUGUGACCCAUACAGCUCAAACCGAUCCUGUGACAACCACAACACCUCUUGAGCAAGUCCCCACAACCGAACCGACCGCGUCCGAGCAACCAUCAACAGAAUCCAGCUCAACGGAACCUUCUACAACGGAGGUCCCAACUUCGGAACUGAGUCCUAGCUCGUCGACAGAACAAACAACACCGACGACAACCUCGGCCACAACCGAUCAAUCUGCGAUCAUUUUCCCCAUUCACGAUACUGAGCAAGACCCGAAGGGCUUUGAGUUUGUCGCCCCAAUCACCUCCACCACAACGGAAGCCAUCUGGAAGGCGUUAGAGAAAACGGUCAUGGAAGUGCGCGGACAAGCGCGUGCCGAAAACGGAACUUCAACGGUGAACUCCACCACAGAACAGGUUCCGCUUUUAAUAUCCGAAGAUUCGUUGGACGAGGAGCAGCCCGAUCAUCCGUUCUUCAACGAGCUUGAGGUGAUGCAGGAGCAGAAACACAAACGUGUGGCCGAGUUCCGGCUGACCGUGCACAGUCUGCACACUAAAACGAAUGUGGCUACGGUCCCUCCGAACGAUACGGCCCAGUAUCGUCAGUUCUCCUGUCGGAAUAUAACCCAGCGUAUUAAUGUGGCACAUCGGUGCGAUCGGAUCGUCGACUGUGAGGAUGGAAGCGAUGAGCUGAACUGUACCUGCCGGGACUUCCUGAAGGACAAGUUUGAUUUUCUCAUCUGCGAUGGCAAGACGGACUGUCUCGAUCGUACGGAUGAGCUUGGAUGUAUGAACUGUCAGGUCGGUCAGUACGCGUGUCGCAUCAGUCAGGUCUGCAUUCCCAACGCGCAGGUGUGCAACGGACAACCGGACUGUCCUCUGCACGAAGAUGAACUGGAUUGCUUGGCUCUUACCGAUGGACACCGGGUGUACUUCGAUGCGAACAAUCUCACACUCUUCCGCAACACCGGGAUCGUCACGAAGAACACGAACGGCACGUGGGAAGUCCUGUGCGGAGCGGUUCUUACAGCCAAAACUGAACACGCAGUCGAGAAGAUUUGUUCCUUUUUAGGAUUCGCUGGCUUCCAGAACUAUUCGCUGCUAUCCAUCACACCCGCCGAGCUUCCGGCCGGCCUGCUCGUCAACACUGCAGAACACCACUACGUCAACAUAACCGUCGAUGCGUCCUGCCAAGCGUUGCGUGUGUCGUGCGUCCAGCACAUCAACGCCACCGAGCACGACAUAGCACACUUCGAGCACAAGCACAAGCAGGAACCGGUGCAGGUGAACAUCCGGCCCCUCAAUCCGAUCCAUCGGCCACACCACAUGCCGCAGAUAGUGUUCCAGGAAAAUGCCCACAUCGAGCUGGUGGAGAACUUUGGCGACGAUUACGAUUGGCCGUGGAAUACGAACAUCUAUCUCGAUGGGGUACUGAUCUGCAGUGGGCUGAUCAUCGAUGCGAGCUGGAUCAUUGUGGCCGGCAGUUGUACACGGUUGGUGAACUUGAAGCAUCAGUACUUGGCGGUGGUGGCCGGCGGUGCUAAAUCGUACCUUCACAUCGAGGGACCGUACGAGCAGGUGGUGCGCGUGGAUUGCUAUCACUACAUACCGGAAGCUGAGACGGUCAUGCUGCAUCUGGCGACCAAGCUUAGCUUCAGUCGGCAUGUGCUGCCUACGUUUGUGCCGGAGAAUGAAAACGUCACGGACAGUGAAUGUCUGGCGGUGGGACAGGACAAGUAUGGUAGGACGAAAACGCUACGAGUACACCUAAAUGGGACAAACUGUCAAGGGGAUCGUGUGCGAUGCUAUCACAAGGAUCUAAAGCAGCCUUACUAUCAUCAUGAAUCGUGCUAUACACCUGAGGCGACUCGAUCCGGUGUGAUCGUGUGCAAGACGAACCGAUCCGGUUGGUAUCCGGUAGGAUUCUAUCAGCACAAGCGAGGCCUUUGCGGGUUCAACGAAGUCGUCCGGGUCACGAGCUUGGUGGAAUCGUACCAGAAGAUCCAGAACGUGCUGCACAAUGAGCAGUGCGGUGAUCAGCUGUACGAGGAACCGAAGUGUGCCGGAAAGCGUUGCCGCUAUGGGAAGUGCGUCGGGGAGAAGCUGCUGUGCGAUCGUAAGCCGGACUGUGGAGAUGGUUCUGAUGAAAGUCCGGCACUGUGCGCCACACGCAAUCAGACUAGUAGCUGCCUGCCACACCAGCUAAGAUGUGCCAAUGGACGGUGUAUCGACAAGUCAAGCUUCUGCGAUCGGAAGAACGACUGCGGAGACUCGACGGACGAGCCUCACGACUGCUCGUGCUAUACCUACUUGAAAAUCACUGACCCUGGAAAGAUCUGUGAUGGAGUGCGCAACUGUUGGGACAAAUCGGAUGAGAACCCUCGCGUUUGUCGGUGCCAUUCGACCAGCUUCCGAUGCGGCGAGUCGGACAUUUGCGUACCGUACGACUUUGUGUGUGAUAAGGAGCGUGACUGUCCGGAUGGAGAGGACGAGCUGUACUGUUACGCACUGCAGCAGAACUCUUACGAAGCUGGGUAUGGUGAGCUGAUGGAGCAGAGCUACGGCAUCUGGCACUCGAAGUGCUUCCCGAAGACGGCCCAAUUUGACGACGAGUAUAUGCGACGCAUCUGCGAACAGCUCGGCUAUAGUCAGGUAAGGAAGAUCUACGGACGAGCGAUCGUCGAAGGUGCCCGGUUGCGUACCGCGAACGAAACGGAAAGCUCGGUCGAUAAGUUGCGCCGGGCGGCCACGAAAACAAUCGUGCAGAACAAAUUCUCUAAGGUGGUCAUCAACCAGAACCACACGUUCUACAUGAAGCCGAGCAGGCCCAUGUUUAAGGUGAUCAACUGGAACUACGAGGACGAACAGAACUGCCAUCGGUUGGAGCUGCUGUGUGCGGCGUGAGACUGGACACGUGUUUAGGAUAGAAUAGUCAAUAAAUGACACAAGAAGCAAGCAAUCGAUGACUUCAGAGAGA